CUGGAAACUGAAAACUUUUCAUCAACUUUCCUCAUUUUGCAUGACUUAACCUUCAAAAACCAACAAAAGCACACACAAAAAAAAAAAAAAAGCUUUAUUUCAAUUUUACACAUUCAUAAAAGUCUCCUCAAGGUAUCUCUUUGUUCUAUUUUGAAGAUUAUUCUGUAAGCGUAGAACCGUAUAAGCAUAUAAAAUGGAAGGUUUUGAAGGAAGUAAUCCAAAUAUGAAUGUGGUGGAUAGAAUGGCCAGCAAUAGUUAUGUCUCCUUCUUCAAAGACCAAGGGUCAUUUGGGUUUGUUGGUGCUUUUGUAAUUGCGAUUGUAAUACCUUUAUUCCUCUCAUUGGUACUUAUGGGGAAGAAAAAGGCAAAACAGAGAGGAGUUCCUGUUCAAGUUGGUGGCGAGGCAGGUUUAGCGAUGCGCAACGCUAAAUCGGCCAAAUUAGUUGAAGUUCCAUGGGAAGGGGCUACAACUAUGGCAGCUCUAUUUGAGAAGUCCUGUAAAAAGCAUUCGAGUAAGCGCUGUCUUGGAACUAGAAAACUAGUUAAUCGGGACUUUGUAACGGCGAGGGACGGAAGGAAGUUUGAGAAACUUCACUUGGGCGAGUAUCAGUGGGAGACUUAUGGGCAAACAUUUGAUCGUGUUUGCAACUUUGCCUCUGGACUAGUUAAUUUGGGUCACGAUGUGGAGACUCGUGCUGCUAUAUUCUCUGAAACUCGUGCGGAGUGGCUCAUCGCCUUUCAGGGAUGCUUCCGCCAGAAUAUCACUGUUGUUACUAUUUAUGCUUCUUUGGGAGAUGAUGCACUUAUACACUCGUUAAAUGAGACUCAAGCAUCCACAUUGAUUUGUGACGCCAAGCAACUUAAAAAAUUGGCUGCAAUUGGUUCUAGCCUGAAAACCAUCAAGAAUGUCAUAUAUCUUGAAGACAAUGAGACUGCAAUAGAUUCAAGCAUUUCUAUGAAUACCGACAACUGGAAGGUUACGUCUUUCUGUGAAGUUGAAAAACUGGGUAAAAGUAGUCCUAUUCAGCCAAUACUGCCUAUAAAGAAGGAUAUUGCGGUGAUCAUGUAUACAAGUGGCAGCACAGGAAUGCCUAAGGGUGUCAUGAUAACUCAUGGCAAUAUCGUAGCCACUGCAGCUGCAGUUACGACUGUUAUUCCAAAACUUAGAAGCAGUGAUGUCUAUUUGGCAUACCUACCUUUAGCUCAUGUUUUCGAGUUAGCUGCUGAGACUGUUAUGUUGACUGCUGGUGCAUCAAUUGGUUAUGGCUCGCCUCUGACGAUGACAGAUACAUCAAAUAAAAUCAUGAAAGGGACACAGGGAGAUGCCUCCGCUUUAAAGCCUACUUUAAUGGCCGCCGUUCCAGCCAUUUUGGAUCGUGUUAGGGAUGGUGUUAUAAAGAAGGUGGAGGAGAAGGGAGGAUCUGCCAAGAAACUUUUCAAUAUUGCCUUUAAGCGCCAAUUGGCCGCUAUGGAAGGUAGCUGGUUUGGAGCAUGGGGUCUAGAGAAACGAUUAUGGGAGGUAAUUGUUUUUAAAAAGAUACGAUCAGUACUCGGAGGAGAUAUCCGUUUCAUGCUUUGCGGUGGUGCUCCUUUGUCAGGAGAUACACAAAGAUUUAUCAACAUUUGUAUGGGAGCUCCUAUUGGUCAGGGAUAUGGCUUGACAGAGACAUUUGCAGGAGCUGCCUUUUCCGAGUCGGAUGAUCCUUCUGUUGGUCGUGUUGGUCCACCUCUUCCUUGUUCCUAUAUAAAGCUUAUUUCUUGGGAAGAAGGAGGCUACAGAAUUGUUGAUAAGCCGAUGCCUCGGGGAGAAGUAGUUGUUGGUGGGAACAGUGUUUCUGCUGGUUACUUCAACAAUGAUGGCAAAACUAAUGAGGUGUACAAGGUUGAUGAGAGGGGCAUGCGUUGGUUCUACACUGGUGAUAUUGGAAGGUUUCAUCCUGAUGGAUGCCUUGAAAUCAUUGAUAGAAAGAAAGAUAUUGUGAAACUUCAGCACGGGGAGUAUAUCUCACUUGGAAAGGUUGAGGCAGCACUUUUAUCAAGCAAUUAUGUCGAUAACAUAAUGGUCUAUGCAGACCCCUUCUACAAUUAUUGUGUGGCACUAGUUGUUCCAUCACGAAAGGUGCUUGAGAAAUGGGCGCAAGAAAAUGGUAUCGAGCACAGAGCUUUUUCCGAUCUGUGCAACAAAGUCGAAGCAGUCAAUGAGGUCCAGCAAUCGCUUUCAAAGGUAGGAAAAGCUGCUAGAUUAGACAAGUUUGAGAUUCCAGCAAAGAUCAAGUUGAUACCCGAGCCAUGGACUCCUGAGUGCGGAUUAGUUACUGCAGCUCUCAAAUUGAAGCGCGAACCCCUGAAGGCUAAAUUCAAGGAUGAACUUCAGAAGUUGUAUCAGUGAAUUGUCAUCUAGUAUUUGACUGAUUUAUCCCCAUGUAGCAGGAGAAACAUGUAGUUUAUUGGCAGUUGAAGAGUAGUAAUAAUUAUAAUAUCUUAGAAAAGCAUCAGUUUUCCUCUUGAAGUGCAAUCACACACCUUAUUUCCUUGCUGUAUUAGAUUUCUAUCAAUUAUGCUAAAGGUCAGUUACCCCUUUAUUACAUUGAUGUUGUUCUCAA